CUGGCGGGGAGGGGGCGGGGGCGGAGCGGGGGCGCGGGGCGGCAGACGCGCGGCGCGAACACUUGUGGGCCCGAGCCAGGGACUGUCCCACGCCGCCCAGCCCUGCUGCACCGCGGCCAUGGAGAAGAGGAUAGAACUUGAGAGAAGGGGCAGGAGUCCUUCCAAGAUCACAGAGCUCAACUUGGACAACUGCAAGAGUACCUGCAUUGUUGGCCUGACAGAGGAGUUUGAGAAGCUGGAGGUAUUGAGUCUUAUCAAUGUAGGACUGACCACACUCAAGGGCUUCCCAGCUCUUCCCAACCUCCGGAAGCUGGAGCUCAGUGACAAUCGAAUCUCUGGAGGACUGAGUGCCCUAACCUGCCUUCCCAAGUUGGCUUAUCUCAACCUCUCUGGCAAUAGAAUCAAAGACCUGGAAACACUGGAGCCUCUGAGGCAUUUAAAGUCCCUGUUUAACCUGGACCUAUUCAACUGUGAGGUACUGCAAAUUGAAAACUAUAGAGAGAAGAUGUUUGCACUCGUCCCCUCCCUGGUGUACCUUGAUGGGUUUGACAAAGAAGACAAUAGUGAGGAGGAAGAGGAUGGAGAAGAGGAGGAGGAUGGAGUGGAAGCUAUUGGGGAAGGUGAGAAUGAGGAAGAUGAUGGCGUGGUGGUGGAGGGUGAGCAGGACCAAGAUGAAGAUGAUGACGAUGAAGGGGGUGAGGAAGAGGAAGAAAUAGAUGAGGAGGAAGUGGAGGAAGAGGAGGAGGAAGAUGAGGAAGAAGAUGUAGCCCUCGAUGCCCUGUACAAGGAUUACAAUCCCGAAGGGGAUGAUGAUUAUGAAGUUGAGGAGGGUGGAGAAGAGGAAGAGGAGGAUGCUGUUGGUGAGGAAGAUGGUGAGGUUCCCAGAGGGCAGAAGAGGAAGCUGGAGGAUGGUGAUGACUAACUAGGGAUUGCCUGUCUCUGGCCACGUGGUGACCUCUAGAAAGGGGUUGAUGGGAAAAACUGGAGGAGCAGCUCAGCCAUACCAUUGGUAUCCAGGGCCGUGCUCUAGCAACACUGUGGUCCAUUGAACACAUAAGAUGGUGGUUACUGGGUAGCAACUGCAGUGAUGAGGAAGAUCAAAGUCUGACUCUGGCUUACAGUAAUCUCAAAGUACAUCAUCAUUCAUCAUCAACACCUCAUUUCCUACUAAGUAGGGUGGUUAAUUUAAAGUAAAUGCAUCUGUUAAAUUUACCUCAGUGUAUCAAAAAGAAUUACUUAAGCUCAUUGGACUCUUGACAGUGUUGUGUCUCGAAAGACACUAUGUAAUUGGUAUUUCAGCCUCACACCUCUCCUCUGUGACCUGCAGCCCUGGACUUGGUGGUAAUUAUUUGUGAGCCUUUUGUGGCUGAUGUCUACAUAUGUGACUCCAGCAACACUGUUGGGGUCAUAUGCUGGAGUCCUGACUUAAAGUUUUGGAUUCAUUUCAGACCACCUUUGAGGACCUGGAUAGUUGGCUUUUAAAAGGCACACUAGAUAGUUGCUGUAGCUGAUGUUAGGACUGCAGGAAUCAAGGAGUGGCUGAGGUCAGGAGUGAGUGGUGGUACAUGUGGAGGCCAGUAACAAACAACCUGAUGAUGUGGGUCAGCACAUCACAGCUUAACAACUGUUGUAAGGCAUUUGACAUUUGCUUUCUUUUCUUUUGAUAUUUGUCUCAAAUCUGUUAAAAGUCAUGGAAUGUUGUCUUUAAAUCUAACUUUAAUAUGUUUGUUGUUCAGUAAUUGUUCAGAUUUUUAAAAAUGUUAUCAGCAAUAAGAUUUCAUUUUGGGUCCUGACUGGUGAAUGUGUGUGUACAUGUAAGCAUAAGACUCCUAGUUAAUUUUAGGACAGAGUUGUACAGGCAGUGUAACAGAUGGUACCAUCAGUACAGUAAUUAUAGAAUGUUAACUGGGAUUGCCUGAAGUAAUGUUUUAUUUUUCUUUAUGAUAAUGUGUACAAUAGAAAAUGUGUACAAUAGAAAAUGUGUACUAUUAGAGCAGAGAGUGUGUGUGUGUGUGUGUGUGUGUGUGUGUGUGUGUUGGAUAAUUGAGUUGGUAUGGCUUUGUCUGUACGUCUGUCUGUUUGCACACGUAUGCAUGUGGCUGGCCAAGCCCUCUGUCAUGGCUGCUGAGGCUAGCUGGAUCAUAGUGAGGGCUGGUGACUAGACUGUACCACUGCCCUUCAACUCCUCCAUCACAAGGUGUGAGGAUUUUCAUUCAUUUUGCUUUUAAAAGGGAACAGAAGUUUGGUAUCAAAGUUCUUUUUCAUGCUCAUUGUUAAAGAUUAUGGUUUCAUUCACAGAAAAGAUAAACAUUUUGGGUUUAGGAAUGACAUAAAAAGUAUUAAAAUAAUCUAUAAGGUUUAUAAAUUGUGUGGAAUUAGACUUGAGGCAAUGGGAUGCUAGGUCACAGAGAUUAUAAAUUUGUAACAGUAUAUGUUUGCUGCAGAAGUUGGAUGACAUCUAGAUAUGGUAGUAGUGUGGUCUCUGAUCUCAUGAAAACAGCUCCUCUUCCUCCACAGAGCCCCAGCAGCCAUGACCCCAAUCUGUGUGUUACAUGCAGAUCCCCAGCAUCCCCCACCCCCUUGAUUUGUUGCCCUCAAGCUGCUCACUUAGCAAUCACUUUUAAUGAUCAGGAAUUACUAACAAUAAGGAAGAUUAUUAUACCACAUAUGUGUGGUAGUUAUUAAUUUGGUGGUUUAAAAAAAAAUGCCAGUUGUAAGUUGAAUAUAUGAACAGAGGCAUUCUCACAAAAUUCAAUAAGAUUACAAAGUUUACAGAUAUGUGCUAAAUAUAAGACAGAAGAAACACAAUCUGUUGAUAAUAGGGUUAUCCGUACUAUUAUCCAGGAAUGAGAUUAAUACCUUGAUAUCAUGUAAUAACAUGUUUUUGAGUUGUUCCAAGAAAAAUGAAAGCUAGUUUUCUUUGCUUGUACAGGGACAAGAAGAGUCAAGCACUCUUUCAAUAACCAUACUAAAAUAACCAUCAUAACUAGUUCUUUGAUUUGUAGACAUGGAAAUGAAUCAUGUAAUUUAUAGGUCUUGAAAAGGAAAAAAUAAAAUGUGAAGCACAAACCUAUAAGGGUAGACAAAAGAGAUCACAAAUGGUAGGCCAUUGUAAGGGUUGUCACCAGUCCAACAUGUGAAGUGAAUUAUAUAUCCAUUUUCUAAUAUCAAUUACAGAGAGAUUAUGGAAGGGGAUGUUGGGGUAGUGUGUCCACUACAGUUAUCAAGAGUACAAAGUACAGGGCCCAGCCUCUGCUGCAGCCAGGUAACACAGCCUCCAGGCGCAGCAGUCAUGUGUAAGGUUAUCCGUCUCACUCAGAACUUGUCCCGUGUGGGCCCCCUCACCUGGGUCGCAGGAGGUCCCAUAAGAGUUAGUUACACACAGUUGCUGCAGACAGUAGUAGCCCAUGUGCCUCUUGGUGAGGUGAGGUCAUCACCACCCAUUUCAGUAAAGAACCUUUUAUAUAGUUUGAGUUUGGGCUGCUCACAGACCUGUGGUGUAGCUAUCUGAGGCACUACACCUGAUUUUGUCUCUUGUUAGGCCUUAAUGAUUUUCUAUCUUCUAAGCCACUCACAGGCAGAUUUUGAGGUAACUAAAUGAAAUUAUGAUGCCAAUUGGUUUGUGCCUCAGAAUCACCCAAACCAGACUGGAGUAGUAGUGGAUUUGAUUAUGUUUAUGGAGUAUAUGAGUAGUUGUGACUUGUGGAGUCAUUUUCACUGUUAUGCAAGGGUGUCUGAGUGCAAUUCCUCACCAAACACUAAUUGUAAAAGUACUUGGGUGUGGCAUUGACUAGAUUUCCACUAUCCUGUAUGUGUGUUAGAGUAAAUGUGUGAAUGUUUGAAUGAAGUAACACUGCUGGCCUUGGUGAGCACCCCAUGUCACCCUCCUUAGCCCUCACCUAGGCUAUAUUCUUCCAAUAGCAGUCUUUUAUGUGUCCUCUUGCUCAUUUGUCAUUGCAUCUGAGACUUAAUCAUUCUCGUAAAAAGUACCGACUGUUGAGGGCUUAAAUUUGUUAUAAAUUAUUGAAACUACUCAUGAAAAGUCUUUAUUAAGUACAUGUACAAGAUAAGAAAUGCAAGGAAAUAUGUGUGGUGUGAAGAGCUGAGGACCUGCCAAAUAUGUUUACUCUACAUGAUGUGAGGGAAUGAGGUGCCAUCAAGGUCACUCAACUUCAUACUUCCAGGUCAUGGAGUGGUCACCUCCCAAGCUAGUUAGUAGGGGGGGCAUUUGGGGACUGUAAAACCCCAUUAAUAUAAGGGAUCCCCCAUGUAAUGUUCAGAAUUCAGGAGAUCUGGUUUUAUUAAUGAAUUAAGGAUUGAUUAUAUAUGUGUACAAAUUAUUCACGGGAGAACUCUGUGGAUGAGCAGGGUGUGGUGUCCCUAAGUGCUUCCUCUCGGAGUAGUUGUAGUAAACUUCUAGACCCCAUGCAGAGAAAGGUGCCUUCCCUGAGGGGUGCCAACACUGCCUCCCGCCCCUCAAUGAUCCUGUUGGAGGCUAGUUUUUUCUUUACACCCGGGCUUUGUUUUCUGUAUGGUCUGUCAUCAAGUGUUAUUUGUUGGAUCUUUUAUCAGUAACUGAGGUAUUUUGUAUGUCAACAUGUAUUUUCUAGGUCAUGCAACACCAAGUGUGGGCCUUAGUCAUGUCCAAAGGCAGUUGUUUUAGGUUUUUGUUGCAGUUAACAAUUUUACUUUGCCUGAGUACUAAAUGGUCUGGUAAAUAAAGCAUCAUUCAUGGUAUUGUUGUAAUCUGGGCAGAGAGAAAAGAGAUAUCUCAUACAGUGGUUAGCAUACCUAGUUAUGAAUCUGUGGGCUCAGAUUUGAUUCCGGCCAUGGCAGUCUUUGCACAGUCCAUCCAGUUUUUCAUCCUCCAUUUCUGGUUGGUUAUUUAUGAGUGCCUGGGGAAGGUAAACUUGGGUGACACAUACCCUGCAUCCUGGGGUAAUCUGUUUCUAUCCACUACAGUCUUAAGGGUUAGAGGUGGAGAAAAGUGUCUAUAGCUUAUAUGCUCCCCACUUACAAUACUUUAGUAAAGGUAAAGUUGGGGGUCUGUGACAUAGCUGCACAUGGCCUCAGUAGUCACCUCUCAUUAGCCCUUUAGUUUGUGGGGUCAUUGGAUAUUCAGAUUACCACUGUUUACCCUCCCCAGGCUUCCCUGGAUACCCAUUUAUUGACCAGUGCAAAAGAGGAGAUGAACAACUGGGUGGGCUCGUGAGCUGACUGUCUGGGUCCGAGGAUUUAAAGCUAGGCGUGCUACUCGCCACACAUUGAAGUAUGUAUUUUGCUAAAGAAGACAAAGUAUUUAUCUACUUUAUAUGUCAUUUAAUUUAUAGUAUACUAUUUUUGUUAUGUAACAACUUAAACACCCUGCAGGACAUGACUAUAGAGCUAUUCCUUGAGUGAUAGUUGUAGCGUAAACAGUAAGUGUAAAUCCUUGACCCUCAUUAGGUGAAAUUACAUUGCUAAUGCCUGUAGAGGAAAUAUUCAGUAGCAGUGUUUCAGUACCUCACUUAGGACAUUGGGCCUUUCAGUGCUUUUGCAUGGCAUUCAAGGUUCAAAACUUAAAAAGAAUCAGCUUGCCAGUCCUGAUAGUAACUAAAAUACCUGUCCCAUUUUUCUUGUUUAGUUUCAUACAUUUAUUUUGUUCACUAUUAUCCAUUAGUAGGCAGAUCUCAACCCUAAAGCUCCUGUUCUCUUUAUAAUGCCAUCAGUGGAAGUUUAUAAGCAAUGCAAAGUAUAUUUUGUUUCAUGAAAGUGAUAAUGCACUAGUAAAGAAGGAAGCUGUCUGUUUAUAUAAUUCUAUUUUAAUUUUACUAUUUUGUUCAUAGUAAUGCUGAUUGCUCUACACAUGUCUCUCUUUAAUUAUAAUUUGUAGCAUAGUAAUAAAUUUAAUUACCAGCAUAUUUUUAGUAUCAUGAUAAAUACGGUGACUGAUUUAUAAUCCAGAUACCUUUGCCUUGUUUCCCAUCAAUACAGUACCUAUAUACCAAGUCUGAAUAUAUUUGUAUUAUUUAUCUUGAGUUUUUUGGUGUAACUACAAACACAAAUUGCAUGUAUGUAGCUGGUGAACCAAAUGUCUUACUGUUAAGAAAAAAAUCAGGGCAAAUUGAAAUGCUGAUUCAGUUACAUAAUUGUCACCCUCUUAUCAUCAUCAUCAUCAUCACCAUUACAGUCUCCUAAUUUCCUGCACAAGCAGGGUGGAAGAGUAAGCUUUGAGAGGAAAGAAAAGUUAAUGGAAAUGUAAAGCUAUUGGUGUGAAAGUUAUUAAAGAAAAUAUAAUGCAAAUAUUUUUAAUUAAUGUAAUGAACUUUGAUUGAUUCAUUGGCUGUAAAACAUGAAUUGGAAUUGGAGGCUUUAUCUUGUGGAGUAAAUACUAACAGUUUGAUGAGAUCUAUAUUGUGAUCUUUGUAAUACAUAAUCAAAAUAGUCAUCCAGAUUUCCACCCUUGUAUUGAGAGUUAUGUUGGUUUCUUCAACUCACUCGUGUCAAAUUGCAAAGGAUGAUUGUAAUUGUUUGCACUAUUAAUUUUCUGAAAACUAUUUAUUUAGACAUUAGGUUGUAAGGAAAGCUACUAUUGUUGGGAAAUGCACAUAUCGAUAACACUGAUUUUAAUGUCCUAUUCCCAACCAAUCAUGAUAGAAGCUAAUAUUUCCUGUAUAGUUACCUUCUCUUCAAAUACUAAAUGCAAGAAUCAAGUAGCUGUUACACGUUUAUAUAAUAUCUUGUAAGGAAACUUAGCAAAUAGCUUCUUAGAAAUGUUUGUGAGGCCUAUUGGUGAGGUUCUUUUAUGCUUCUGCUGCUGAUCCAUGAGAUAAUUAAAACUAUGAAAAGUUCUUGAGUUUAUCCCAGUCACCUAUGUCAAGGAAGCCAUAGUUGGUUGGGGCCUUUUUUAAGGUUUUUAAGGUUUAAUGGAUUUGUCAACAAGCAGUCCAGCAAAGUAUUUUGUAUUGCUUACCGUCUCCCAGCUGAACGUGUUUUAUUAUGCUAUUUUUACUUGUUUUUAUAAAAGCCAGGGAAAGGAAAACUUACUUAUUUCUGCAUUUAAUUAGGGUCAUAUUAAGUGAACACUGCAGGUAUUCCAUGGGAUUUAUUCUACUUUCUUUAGGGAUUAUCCAUAACAUUUCAUAGAAUUGGUGCAUAGCAUGUGUCUGGACAUUAGAACCCUGUAGGGUUUCGUCAUCACCUUUGUAUCACACUAUUUUUAGUCACGCAUUUAGUUGUAAAUUAUUACCUUAAGCUUGAUGACUGUCUUGCCAAGAAGGAAUAGCUUUAUUGAAGUGGAGGCAGGCUAUACUUACACAUGAUAUGGGUACACAGUGAGAAUUUUAUAAUUUCUUUUGUGGAAGCAGUUUUAACUUUAGCCAUCCAUGUGUACUGUAGCAUAACCUUUCACUGCACAUAACACCUAAACAAUAUCCCUGGCAAUGGAGGCCAUUAUGAGGUUUCAACAGUACAUACCACGUCACCUGUGGUGUGGUUCAUGCCUGCAGUUUCAUGUGAUUUAUUCAGAAAAUUUAUGAAGUAUUUUUGUACUUUACUACACUGAUUGGACUGAGUACAAUGCUGAUUGAUACUGUGAACUUUACAUACUAAUUUUGCUGUGGGAGGUGAUCACUUAUGUGUUCCUGUGAGGUUGUUUUAAUAAUGUAGAAACGAGUUGCAAAUACACUUUCAUUUUUUGUAA